GAUGAUAUUGAAGAACUUAACGAAGAUUUAGAAGAACUGAAAAAUAUUUCCGACCUAAUUGAUGAGCAAGAAAAAAGAAAAAUUGCUGCUUUGAUUGCUAAGUUAUACAUUGUCCAUCACAAUGAAAUUAGUCUGGCUACUGAAGAAGGGGUAGAGUGUAUGGAUGAAGAAUGUGAAUUAGUUAAAGCUGAUAAACCUCUUCCUUUAUUUUGUUAUGACCACUGUAAAGAAACCUUUGCCAGA